CAGAUCUAGACCUCUUGUCGCGCUUGUCUGCCUUCACGUCCGCGGCCAUGGGAUGCCCGCCCGCCAGCGCGCUGAUUUGCUGUGAGUCUUAGAGCUGCUUAAAAGUUCCACCAGGUUAGAAGAGUGAUGACCAUCCUGUUCCUUACUAUGGUUAUUUCAUACUUCAGUUGCAUGAGAGCUGCGCCCCUGAGAGAUGCCCCGGGCAUGCGGAGCCACCGGACGGACGGCUACCUGGGCGCCGCCGUGACGGCCGCGCGGGGCCACGGGACUCCGCAAAGCGGGGGCGGGCCAGGCCAGCGCGGAGCACUGCCCUCGCUCACAGACACGUUCGAGCAAGUGAUAGAGGAGCUGCUGGAGGUGGAGGAAGAGGCGGCCCAGUUGGGACAGGGGCCCGACAGCAAGGGUCAGGGAGGCGGAGGCCCAGCGUCCUCGGCGGCCGCCGCGGGGUCGAAGGAUGUCGAUCUGUACGACUCACGGGUGAUGAUCAGCAACCAAGUGCCUUUGGAGCCGCCGUUGCUCUUUCUCCUGGAGGAAUACAAAAACUAUCUGGACGCCGCCAACAUGUCCAUGAGGGUGCGGCGACACUCCGACCCCUCGCGGCGUGGCGAGCUCAGCGUGUGUGACAGUAUUAGUCAGUGGGUGACGGCCGUGGAUAAAAAGACGGCAAUAGACAUGUCUGGGCAGACAGUUACCGUCAUGGAGAAGGUCCCGGUCCCCAACGGCCAACUGAAGCAAUACUUUUAUGAGACCAAAUGCAACCCCAUGGGGUACACAAAGGAGGGUUGUCGAGGAAUAGACAAGCGGCAUUAUAAUUCCCAAUGCAGGACAACCCAGUCCUAUGUGCGCGCGCUCACCAUGGAUAGCAAAAAGAAGAUCGGCUGGCGGUUUAUACGGAUAGACACUUCAUGUGUAUGCACACUGACCAUUAAAAGAGGGAGAUAGUGUAUAAAAUGUAUAGAUUUUAUUGAAGAGUUUAAAAAAA